AUGCACCUCUUGCUUGACAAGCGCGAUGGCGAAGAUCACGGCCUGCGUGAGCAGCGCGACCUUGACGAGGGAGAAGAAGAGGGUGUUUUGGAAAACUCUUGUAGUGAUUCAGAACGUAUAGUUCCAGAGUUUCACCACUAUCUCAUACAUUUCACCUCCGUUACCUCUCACUCCCCUACUUCAUCAACUUGCCCCACAACCGCGGGAAUGGAGGAGCGUAUCAGGAACCAAUUUGAGGAAUUGGAAAAAGCAGCACGACUUUUGCGCCUCUCCGAAGACUCGCAUGUGGAAAAUGAGUCCAGUUUCUUCCAAAACUUGUUCUCUUUCGACAAAGCACAUGAUGCAUACGAAGAGCAGAAGACCACCAUCACAAAAGCUCUAUCUGAUUUCUACACCACCUACCCAUACCUCACACACGCCCUCAUCUUCUUCAUCUUCCUCACAGUCAUUCCACUCUUACGCCUGCGUAAACGCAAACGCAACACCACACGACGUCCACUACCGCCCAAUGUCAUUGCUUCCACCCACCACCAGAAGGUGCCAUCGCAAUACCCCCCAGGCAUGGGAAUUGACAUAGUAGAAGCAAAGUGGCGCGCUCUGGGUAAGGAACCUUGUCCGAUAUUUGCACCAAAAGUUAAGGUGGCGGAACAGCCGAGAAUUAGGAGGAACCUGUGGGAUUUUCCAGAGGACAGCUUGUACAAGGGUAGUGUCACGAUUGAUACCAACUUUGGGAAACCUGAGGGUGCUUAG